AUGUUGAUGGCAGCAGUGUUCCUUCUUCUGGAGGCUGAGGUGAUGAGCAUAAUGACAGGGAAGCGCCCGGAAGGCUUUGAGAUUCCUGGCUCUUCAGCAUUCCAGGCUGAGCUGUCGAGCACGAUGGUAAGCCGAUUAUGUAAGCAAACCUCACCCUUCGAGUGUGCAAUGUAUCGGGUUUGUGCAUGUGCUGGUGCAGAACCAGGGCGAACAUCCGCUGGGGUUUGUCAAGUACCCUUUGAAGCAGGUUCCUCCAAAGGGGCAUUUACAGGGCUCCUAGAAAUUUCGGCGCGCUGUUCUCUGCGAAACUCCUGCGCAACAGGAAGAGGACAAUAG